GUCGCCUGUGGCAAAGUUUCGGAAUGGGAGUAGGAGCUGCUAAAGGCUCCCAGUGAGAAGUCCCGUGUCUGGUUGUCUCAGGGUUCAAACUAUAUUUACAUCCGGAAAGAGAGGCACUUACAUUGCAGUUUCGGUGUGUACGAUUGUCGCUCAGCUUCAUCGCAAAAUUGCAGCUAUGUCGGAGGACCUAAGUUCCCAGCCUUGGUCCAUCAACAAAGAUGACUAUGAGCUACAGGAGGUGAUCGGAAGCGGCGCUACAGCGGUGGUCCAGGCUGCCUUCUGCGUGCCCAGGAAGGAGAAAGUGGCCAUCAAACGCAUCAACCUGGAGAAAUGCCAGACCAGCAUGGACGAGCUUCUGAAAGAGAUCCAGGCGAUGAGCCAGUGCCACCACCCCAACAUAGUGUCCUACUACACCUCCUUCGUGGUCAAGGACGAGCUCUGGCUGGUGAUGAAGCUGCUCAGCGGGGGCUCGGUGCUUGACAUUAUCAAGCACAUCAUUUCGAGGGGGGAGCACAAGUCCGGAGUCCUGGAUGAACCGAGCAUAGCUACCAUCUUGAAGGAGGUCUUGGAGGGGUUGGAGUACCUCCAUAAGAAUGGACAGAUUCACAGGGACGUGAAGGCUGGGAACAUUCUGCUCGGGGAAGACGGAUCGGUGCAAAUUGCAGACUUUGGGGUGAGCGCCUUUCUGGCGACGGGCGGUGAUAUCACCCGGAACAAAGUGCGAAAGACCUUUGUGGGCACACCCUGCUGGAUGGCCCCAGAGGUCAUGGAACAGGUCAAGGGAUACGACUUCAAAGCAGACAUAUGGAGCUUCGGGAUCACGGCCAUCGAGCUGGCAACGGGGGCCGCGCCCUACCACAAGUACCCACCCAUGAAGGUCCUCAUGCUAACCCUGCAGAAUGACCCCCCCUACUUGGAGACGGGUGUCUCAGACAAGGAGAUGGUGAAGAAGUACGGCAAGUCCUUCAGGAAGAUGAUCUCGCUGUGCCUGCAGAAGGACCCAGAGAAAAGACCAACGUCAUUGGAGCUUCUGAAGCACAAAUUCUUCCAAAAAGCAAAGAACAACGAAUAUUUACAAGAAAAACUCCUACAGAGGGCUCCAACAAUUAGAGAACGAUCCAGGAAGGUGCGCAGAGUGCCUGGGUCCAGUGGGCGGCUCCACAAGACCGAGGACGGCGAGUGGGAGUGGAGCGACGAUGAGCUGGAUGAGGAGAGUGAGGAGGGCAAGGCUGCUGUAGCCGCUCUGCGGGACCCCCAGGCCAAGGCAGUAAGCGUGCCCAGGCGACAAGUGCGCUUCUCCCAGCCCCUCGAGCUGCCCACUCCCAGGUCACCCAGAGUUAAGGAAGGGCCACAGACUACAGAGCUCUUCUCAUCAGAUCCCCCGAGUACCCAUUUUCAGCCAGUGGUCCAGGAACAGACUUCUCUACCUCAUGAUUCUGGCCCGGUUGUCCCAGCUGCUGUUCCACCCGCGGCACCCACCCCUGUGGCGCUGGGUCCGGCUUCCGAUGGUGCCAAAUCUGCCAUCAGCCUGGUACUAAGGUUGAGAAAUUUAAAGAAGGAACUAAAUGAUAUAAGAUUUGAAUUCAUGCCCGGAAGAGACACAGCUGAUGGGGUCUCCCAAGAGCUGGUCUCCGCAGGCCUAGUGGACGGCAGAGAUUUAGUCAUAGUUGCUGCUAAUUUGCAGAAAAUAGUUGACAAUCCUCACACCAACAAGAAUUUAACUUUCAAGCUGGCCUCCGGUGUAGAAGGGUCUGAAAUUCCCGACGACGUCAAACUUAUAGGAUUCGCGCAACUCAGCAUUAGUUAAACUUUAUUGUCCCUGGACACCCAGCUUGCCUGAAACAAAAAUAGACAUCAUCAACCUAAAGAAACCACUACUGCCAAAGAAAAGAAAAAUACCAUAUUGUCAACCCCAUAGGAUUUGGAAGCAUCACAUUAGAAGUAGGAUUGCCUACGGAUAUUAACAAAAUAGGAAUUAUAUAUUAGUGUUUACAGGUAUAUGUUCUGAAGGAUUAUCACCAUUGUCCAAAAACCAGAUAUUAGCCUCAGUUCCGUAUUAGUUAUCAUUCAUUAAAUGCAUUUGCACAAGGUGAACUAACACUGGUGAUCAAAUUAUGCCUUAUCUUCUGAAUUACUAUCGACUCGUACUCACGGGGAUGUGCCACCUACUAGUUACUGUGUUUGAGCAUGAGACGGGCUGAGUGUGGUCUUGGCUGUGCUUGUUUUCAAUCCGAAGACAGCCUCGGAUAUGCCAUCGAGAAUCUUGUUCUUCAUAGCUUGGGCCGAGACCAUUGGGACGGUAGUUGAAAGGUCUUGCCCAAACUAACGUGCCACUGAUUCCUAAACCAGAACCGCCUAUCAGGCACCGAUUACAAGCUUAGAGAUGUUUUAUGUCCCGGUCUCGGGAGUGCCAUAACGUGUCAUAUGCCAGAAGUGCUCACGGUGCUGUGAGGACCGACAUGCCAAGGUACAGAUCACAUGUUUACUAGCCAGCUUGUUUGUGUUACUAACCCCGAGUCACUGAUGCAAAACCUCUGACACACCCCAUGACUUGCUGUUCGUAUGUGUGACCGUACAGCCUCCCUUCAGCCUUGUUUACUGUGAAGAUGUUUCUCAGAGCAAGCAGCGUGAGUGGAAACAUAUUUUUAUUUAUUUAUUUUUUUGCAAGCUGUGUGUCGUCGACGUUACGGAACAGCGUGUGUCUGUCUUCAGCUCCCCAAUUUGAAGACCAAAUAUGCACAAACGUACAUUUCGAACGAGUCUCAUGUGCUCUCACUUCCUGGUAAUCCCACUUAAACCCUUUCAGAUCCGUGUUAGUUUUUCCUGUCUGCCCGUGAAUUUGAUCGGAUCCGUUGUGCGUCCGCAAGCAUUUCAUUUGGGAGAUUUUUGCCACCGUAGUAAACUCGUGUGUGCCGUCGCUUGUGGGUCUGUGUGGCGGUCACCCAGCUGUGACCUCUGAACUGGCUUCUCAGAUUCAAGUGCAUAUUAGCGAACAAUUAACGUGGAGCGGAAUGCUUUAUUCAUAGUGUGUAAAUAACAUUUUGGUGGUUUUCUACUGGGCGUUAUACGCAUUGCCUUUUGAUCUUAAAAUAUAUACACUAUAUAGAGGAAUGGUAAUGGGCGUAGCAUUUAAUUUAAUUUUUUUCUGGGUUGAUGUCAUCAUGGUUUAAUGUAGAAAGCUUGUUUUCAGCUUGGGGUCUCUGUUUUCCUCACUGAAUGUUCUUCGUUUAAGGUAUAAUGGGUAGUACCCCUGCUUAAUCCUCUAAAACGCUAAGCCGCGUGAAUCAAUUAAACUUUUGGCAAGAGCCUAACUGAAACUCUGCUGUGCUUAAAUUUGUUGACAACAGAUGUCUUUAAAAAAUUUUCUUCUUUACACACAGGCACGCAUGCCCUGCACAACAUGUGCAAAGGAUAAAUAUGUAUUUUUUUUGUCAGUCAUAUGUUUUCCUGUGACACUAAAACUAUUUGCCCUGCAACUCUUGCUAGCAGCCCAGAUCUUUAGCCAAUUUCAGCAUCUCGGACAUAGAGCGAUUGAUUAUUGUAAAACAGGAAAUCUGUUUGUGUUAUGUUUAUAAAACGAUUGUGUGUUGCGUUGGGUUAUAAAUGCCAGGUCGAUGUGGCUUUUUGACUAGAUGCUGUGUGCUGAUGCACACUGUUCCUUGUGAGAGCUGGGAGGUCAUUGUCGCAGCCCGCGUGUUUGCCUGUCGUCGUUAUGCUUCUGGGAUAUGUGCUUUUGUGCAGUUUGAGAUUCUGUGUGGUGUUGUCACUAAUUCUCCAGCACACAGUAAUUUGUCUUUCAGUGGAUGCUCUUCCAAAGGCUAUCCAGAGCAUUUGAAUCCCGAGCAUUUCUGACUCUUGGAUCAUGAAGCUGUAUUAAAAUGUCAAGUAAAAUGGCUGUUGUCUGAGAUCCAAGCUGUGAACUAGAGCUUGCAGUAUAUUCUUGCUUGAUUUCUUUAAAAAAAAAAAAAAACUUGGCCAUUAAAAUAAUGACUGUCUACUCUGCAUUAGAGAACUUUAGUCGUUACUUGAUUUUUAUUGAGAAUAAUUCUUUUUCAACAGUACAAACUCUGAAUCAUCUUAUGUAUAUAAAUUGUACAAAAAGUAGUAUUAUUUGAAAUGGUUUGUAACGGAUUAAAUUUAAUUUUCUAAGGAAUAGAAAUGAAUGACCAAUGACAUUUCUACCAGUUUUCUUUUGUAAUAAAAGGUAAUCCCUUCCUCCAGACGUUACUGGGCAACAAAAUCCCUGUUCAAAUUGAAUAUAUAAAAAAUAUAAAAGUGUUACCUAAACAAUGAAGAAAAUUCAGUGCCAUUAUUACCCUCCAGUAACCUGGAUACUUUCCAAAACAUAAAAUUCUGUUAAUUUGUUUUUAUAUGUAUAUUUUUUCACUUUCAGGUCUCUUCCCCUUUUAGUUUCUUGUCUGGUUGUAUUAUAUCGUAAAUAAAUUCCAGUUACGUGGUGAUGCCUUUAUGUACCAUAGAAUAUCACAGAGUAUCAAAGCUGUAAAAUAUUUAGUUUUAAAAUUUCUUUUAUUUAAGUUUUAAUUUGUUGGUUCUCUUAUUUGUUGGCUUCACUCUUUUAUUGGUUAUGGAUUUCAAUGCAUGUUUCGAUGAUUAUUUGUUAAUAAAGAAUGGAUUUAUCAGCC